AUGAGUUCCAUUCGAAAAGGGGCGAAACAGGAGCUGCCAAAGCCACUGGAGCUAAGCAAAGGUCUAAAGCAGCUGUAUCAGCACCAGUUGCUCUGUGAUGCCAUGUUAGUGUGUGAAGGAAGGAGAUUCUCCUGUCACAGAGUAUUGCUAGCAGCUGUCAGUCCUUACUUUAAGGACGUUUUCACGAGCUUCGGCAAAGAAUCCCAGGGUGGAGAAGUUGUGCUGCAGGAUAUGGCUCCUUCCAUUCUCCAAAGCAUUUUACAAUAUAUCUACACAGAAGAGCUAUCACUUAGUCUGGAGACAGCCCCAGAUCUGUUUGCAGCAGCCAGCAAGCUACAGAUCCGCCCCCUAGUGGAGAUCUGCUGCAGGUUCCUUCUGAAGAACAUUUCCAUGCAGAACUGCAUUAGGCUUUACAGACUGGCUCAGGCUUACAACCACCAAGCUCUCUAUUAUGCUGCCAUGCAGCUCAUCAUCCUAAACUUUGGAAGGUUCUGUGAGGAUGAUGACCUUUUGAGUCUGGACCUCAGUAGUUUAAUCACCAUCUUGUCUUCAGACAGCCUUGCAGUUGCUUCUGAGUUAGAAGUCUACCAGGCUGUGCGACGCUGGAUACAGUUUCAACCCACCACAGGCCACACCCUCCUCAAUGAGCUGAUGAAGCAUGUCCGGCUGCCCCUCCUGACAGAUAGUGAGCUUGCAGAGGUGCAGCUGGAUUCAGAACGGUAUGGGGAUGUUCAGCUUCUCUGGAAGCAGCUGGACGGUGACGAGAGGUUGCACGAGAGCGGGGGACUCAGACAAGGCAUGUCUGAUGAACUGAUAAUAUGUGUAGAUUCACAGAUGUGGGAGGACCAAGAGUUGGAGAAUGAAGAUUUUCUGAUGGGCUCUUAUGAUCCUCAUGCUGAAAAGUGGGAAAAGCUCACAGGCUUGAAAUCUUUGACACAUCCAGCCUGUGUGGCACUUGGAGACAAGCUCUAUGUAUCUGGAGGCAUCUGCAGGAAUUCUUAUUCAGAUGCUUUGUAUGAGUUCAACUCUUUUAAUGGCCAAUGGACACAGCUCCCUUCAAUGUCCGUGCCCCGUGCUACACAUGGAUUCCUAAUCUGUAACCAGAGGCUGUAUGCUAUGGGAGGCUGGUGUGGAUUUCAUGAGUUCCUCAACUCUGCAGAAUGCUUUGACAUAGCAGAGCAGAUAUGGACUCCCAUCUCUAGGAUGCCUUUUGUUCUGAGCCGUUCUGCCUCCACCGUGCUCAAGAAGAAACUAUACUUACUAGGGGGAGCAACAGGCCUGACUGGUUAUUGGCAAUUCCAUAGAGGGCUUCUGAUCUAUGAAGUUAGCUCGGACACGUGGACUCAGGUGUCUCUGGACAAUGGGUUCUUUUCAGCGGGUGCUGUUGCCAUGAAUAAUGGGAUAUAUGUUAUAGGUGGGUAUGCUGAAAAGAGAGCCAGGGAGUGGGCUGAGGGGGGUCUCAUACCAGAAAACCGCCACUGCACUAGAAAGUGUUUCUUUGUCUCUGAUGAUGGCAGCAUGAAUGAGGAGGUGAUCGUUCCAAAACUGCCAAAGGCAAUUGCUAAUGCUGCAGUGGUCCAUUGGGGAAAGAGGAUCUACGUCUUGGGUGGGGAAAAUUUAACCCAAUGUUAUAAAACAAUUUAUUAUUGGGAACCUGGUGAGCCCAGGUGGAGCAAAUGUCCAGAAGAUAUCCCUGUAUUUUAUAAAGGUGUCAGCGGAUUUGGCUGUACAACUCUGAAGAGACCCAAAAAGGAGAUCCUGUCCCUUUUUCAAAAGACAUCGGUAGCCCUGAUAGGUGUUGUUGGGAAAUAG